CAUUCCCAUAGCAUGAUACACAAGCCCUGCUCCUAUGAAGGCUGUGCCGCUCCACUUGUGUAGUAAGUUGUAAGCAUUACAGUCCAGAAGUAUUUUUUCAGUGCUACUCGAGUGUUUGACGAGGACAGAAGUUAUCAGGCACUCACUGGCACCUCUUCAGGAGGACUCGUAUGAACGAAUUAGAGUCUUUUGUUAUUUCUUUUUGGGUAGAUGCUUGCAAGCAUAUACCUACCGCUUUUCAGUUCGGGCUGAACACUAGAUUCUUAUCACUAGAUUCUUAACAUCAGAUGUUCUCUUUGCAAGCAGGAAAGAUGGACCAAACAGAACGAUUUCGCUGCUUGUUCUAGUACGUGCUUUUGGCUCUUCAGCAGCCACUGAUGUCUGCUAGUUUUCCUAGUGGGCCCACACCUAAUCUAACCUAAGUAGUGCUAUGUAGAACAACUCCUGCAACAACGACACCAGUGAGUCACGGUCUGCUGAGAUGAAAGAAUUGUAGUACUUGAACCAGGUCCGCGUCCGAAGUCGAACGAUCAAGAUCAUGACUAUUAUAAGCAUCCAGGAGAGGAGCCAAGGAUAAUCCACAUAUUAAUAAUAGCGGCGACCAGGACCACUCGAUUUCAUCUAGAAGAACGAGAAUGGAUGUUGCACCCGUCGGAGGAAGCCUUCCUGGAGGUGGUCAACUACAAGGAUCAGUACCUUCAUCUGCGUCGCAGACGUCAGAGAUAGUCCCGACUGCCCAAGUGCAUCAAGAUGGGCUUGAAUUGAUAAAUAAUGCAGCAUCUUCCGGUAGUACUAUUCCGCCUACUUCUUCAAUAUCUGCGGCACCAGGAGGCGGGGCAACAACAACAUCGAGUGCUGCUUCAAGUAGAAGUAGUACCAGUGGUAGUACUACAACUGCAGCUUCUAAGACCAGUACCACACUAGAUGAUGUUCAUCAUGUUCUUGGUACUACAACUAUUGCAUCCACCGCUUCCACUCCUUCUGCUGUCUCGUCUGCAACCAAUGUUCUUGUGGCGGGAACCCUACAAGAUGGAGCGACCGCGAAGCCCCUUGCUGUACCAGUCUCAGUAAAUCAGGAAGAUCUUAGGCAAAAUCUUGCUAGUGGCGCAGUGGGUAAUAGGGAUGGUGGCGCAGCGGAACGGCAAAUACAGUGCAUCGCGAAUGUAGCGCUUCUUUCAUCGAUAGUCGUAAUGUUAAGGGUAGAUUUUUGGUUUUUGCUGUAGUCACCGCUUGUUUUUGUUGACUCCCCGGCCUCAGGAGAAAGCAAGGCAGAACAGAUAACAGGAAACAUUUAACACCAAAGUCCUACCUCUAACCACGCUCUCGCCGGCUUCGUUCUUCUACAGGCUUUUGAUGACGAGAGGAGAAAGCCUCCGAGAUGUCAAGCAACAAGUGAUUAUACUAUUACCUUACCUGCUGCUGUGGGUUUCAGUUAUGAAGAGGACGAUAAGAGACGUGCUGGUUAUCCACAUCCUGCUGUUCAUGGUGAUUACACAUCAUACCAUGUUCCGAGGCACUUCCGGACAUCCCCAUGUAGGAAGAAGUAUGCAGACCCUAGUUCCUGCAUAUCUUCACCAAGGAAAUUACAACGUGGUUAUCAACAACAACAUCAAGUUCUAGUAAUCAUGCGAGCC